GUCGAUAUAUGCCACCGAUGUAUCAAAAAAUAUCGAUGUACAUUUCGUCGAUGUAUUUUUGCCACUGACAAUUCUAUAUUGGAAUCCAUUUAAAUCCGACACAGGGUGACACUCAUGCCGAUGUGCUAGGGAAUUUCCGUAAAUCCCCACCCUGCUUUGGUAUAACCAACAAAUAGUGGGUUCAAAUUCCUAAACCUCUAGAGGCUUCCUCUUCCGGUUGCUAUAAACAAAAUAAUAAACACUUAAAAAUAAAGUCAAAUCAGACAGACAAGUCAGGAACAAAAAAAAAUUCUAAUCUCGAAAUCAUGGAGGAAGUCGAUGUCGCAACAGUCGAUCAAUACCAGACGCUUGUUCGCUAUAACAACCCGGUGCUGGUAGUAAAACAUCCAGACAAAAAAGGCGUGCCGACAGAAAUAGAAUUGAAGAGACCUCUAACCGCUGGCGCUUUGUUGGAUACUAAGCGCGAAACUGAGGAGAUACUGAAUUCCAUAUUACCGCCACGAUGUUGGGAGGAAGAUGGGCAAUUGUGGCAACAAACGGUUUCAAGUACACCAGCCACGCGACAGGAUGUCAUCAAUCUACAAGAGAUGCUCGAUACUCGUUUGCAGCAGACUCAGGCGCGAGAGACAGGUAUCUGCCCCAUACGUCGAGAGUUAUAUACACAGUGCUUUGAUGAAAUAAUUCGUCAAGUCACCAUUAAUUGCUCGGAGCGUGGUCUGCUGCUGCUACGCAUACGGGAUGAAAUCGCCAUGUCUAUGGAAGCAUAUGAAACACUCUACUGCAGCUCGGUAGCGUUUGGUAUGCGCAAAGCGUUACAAGCGCACGAGGAAAAAGAAAUGCUGCGCGAUCGUGUCAAAACAUUGGAAACUGAAAAGGAAUCGCUUGAAGAAAUUAUCGGCGAUAUGAAAAUCAAACAAGAACAAGCUGAACGUCGCAAUGCAGAAUUACGUACAUCCGAAGAGAAGAAAUAUGCAGAAGAGGUCGCCUUCCUCAAGAAGACCAAUACACAACUCAAGGCUCAGCUGGAAGGCAUUACAGCUCCCAAGAAGUGAGAUGUUGAAUAAUGCUUUUUUUAUACUCGUGCAAUAUGAAAAAGGAAUUGUGUGCAAUCUAUAUAAUUUUGUAUCUAAUAAAAUGUUUAUGUAUUUUCCCAGCUUAGUAUGUCGUACUUAAAAAUUGAAACUUUAUUAAUCAGCAGUAGGUGCUUCGAUAGCAGAAUUUUCU